AUGGGGGAUGAGGUUCUUUUGUAUUUGUCGAAGCGAGAUGGGGAUGGUGGGCUGAGGUUUUUCUGGGUUUUCAGGUCUAUGGCUGAUCCUUUGGUUGCUAGGUGCCUUUACUCUGGCAAAGGUUACAUGAUUCCUUUGAAUCAAUGCAUGAGCUACUCUGAGUUGUAUGAAGACAUUUUCCGUACAUUCCAGUUUUUCCCAAGUGAUAUUAUUGAGCUUCAGUAUUCAGUUCCAGGUUGUGAAGUUUGUUUUCUUCGUAAUGAUCGUGAUUUCCAGAUGCUGUUUUGCUCUGCUAGAAUACAUAGGUUAGAGUGUGUCGAUAUUUCAGUUUUAAAGAUUGGGGGAGGUUGUCGGAGAACUUGUUCGGUGGAUAGUGGUUCAGAAGUUAUUGAUGAAGAUGAUUAUUUGGGUGAUGCAUUCAGGACUGAAGUUCACAAGACGUAUUUGUCUGAUGAGUGGAGUUCUUAUAUUCAUCAUGUCUUGGAUAAGUUUCAUGGUGCUGCUGAGCUCUGUGAGAAGCUCAGGAAGUAUGCAAUUGCAGUUGUCUGUGCAAAUGUUGGAACCGAAGGUUGUGAUUGGCAUCUUCGUGCUUUUUCAUCAUCUGCCAAUGGUUGCCCUUAUAUAACAGAGUUGAAUAAUAUUCACACUUGCAAGGGUGUAGUUAGGACUCAAAAGCCCAAACUUUUGGGAUCCAAGGUUGUCAAGUCUUGCAUUGCUGCUGAUGUUAGCUAUAAUCUUUCAUUGAAGCCAAGGGAGAUUAUGAGCAAGUUCAAAUCAACAUAUGGGUUUGAUAUUUCCUACAAGGUUGCCUUGAAAGCAAAGCAUCGGGCCAAGGAAGAGAUUUAUGGUUCCAAUGCAGACACGUUCAGCAAGUUAUCUUUGUAUAAGGAAGCUGUUUUGCAGAGUAACCCCGACUCUUCUUUUGUGUUGGAAGUUGAACCAUCUACAAAUCGUUUUCAGAGGCUUUUCGUAGCUUACGGAGGUUGUGUAGAAGGCUUCCAAUUCUGUUUGCCUGUGUUGUAUGUUGAUGGAACGUUUGAUGCAAACUGGACAUUCUUUUUCAAGCAUUUGAAGAGUCUGCUUGAACCUCAAGGAAGAGUUAUCACAUUUAUUAGUGAUCGGGGUGUUGGAUUGUUGAGUGCUUUCGAUAAGGUAUUUGCUGGUAAUCCUCAUAUGUUUUGUUACAAGCACUUGGUGGCGAACUUUGCCGGUAAAUAUAGGGGUAAAGGUAAUUUAAAAUUGAUAGAAGAUGUUAAGCAGAAGUUUUUUAAGGUUGCAUAUUCCUCUACACAGAAGGAAUACCGUUUCAAUUUGCGGUUGCUUAGAGCAGUUGGUGGUGCCGAUAUUAUUGACCCUUUUCUUGUUGAAUUGCCUGUGGAAAAUUGGUGUCGUGCAUUUUAUACUAGCUGCCGAUAUGGAAUUAUGGCUAAUGGGAUUGCUGAAUCAUUUAACUCUUGGAUUGCAAUUGAGCGUUUGAUGCCAGUCUAUUGUAUGCUGGACCAGACAAGAAUUAAACAAAUGGAGAUGGCGGGUAAAAGGAGGGAAGAGGCAGAAUGUUGGACCACAUAA